CGUCGAAGCGAACGGUCGAGAAUGGUUGUCUACAAAAGGAUAACGCCAGAGAUGAACGAGGGGGUGCUACAGCACCUCCGGGAGAGUUUCUUCGCUGACGAGCCCCUGAACAAAGCCGUGGGGCUCUGCGAGCGGGGUCAGCCGCAUGGAGCCUUGGAAAGGCUCUGCUCGGCUACCAUGGCUGAUGGUCUAUCGGUGGCUGCUGUUGAUGGAGAUACGGUUUUGGGAGUGGCCUUGAAUGGGAUCUUGUGACCCGGGGACAUCGAGAAAUCGAUCAGGAAAAUACAAAAAUCGACCGACGAGAAGUUUAACAAGAUAUUCACAAUCCUGUACACGGUGAGCCACGAUCUGGACCUCUUCAACACGUACCAAGUGGACUGUCUGCUGGAGUGCCGUAUAAUCUCUGUAUCCGAUAAGGCCAGGGGACGGGGACUCGCCAGGGAACUGAUGAAGCGAAGCAUUGACAUCGCUAGGGAGAAUAACUUCAAGCUGUUCAAGGUGGAUGCUACUGGUGCGUUUUCUCAACGCAUUUGCAGCAGUUUGGGUUUGCGAGUACUGCACAAAGUUCGCUAUUCGGAGUAUUGCAAUGAAGCCGGCAAACCGGUGUUCAAUGUGCAACCGCCGCAUGAUUCUUUAUGCGUUAUGGUCUUGGAACUACCAUGAUUAUAAAUUAUCAUCAAAAAAGCUAUUUAAUUUGGCGCUUUAUAUUAUCUAUGGGAAGCCGGUAUCAAUAAUAAAAUUCUUCAAAUUAAAGUUAUUUAAUGUACGUUCUUGCCACGAGUAUCUAUGUAUUAUCACAGAUAAUGUAUAUGUUAUACUAUAUUAGUAGUAUAAUGAUCUUGAGAAUACCUUGGAAUGUAUUAAAAAAACGCUUAUGAUGAAAAAUUUUGCGUGAUUUUCAAUAUAUUUUCAUUAAAUAGGCUUUAUUAUACGAGCAACAAACAUAGGAAAAAAAUACUGAUUUAAUACAUUAGUCAGCCAGAAUCCGUAAUCAUAAAUUAAACCCACUUUUCCGAGAAUUGUGAUUCAACUUUAGCUGAGCUGUCUUCUGCUGUUCUCAAGUUAUGUAAAUUAUAUUGAUUAUCUAAAUUACGUCCAAAAAUUUACAUUUUUUUUUUCAAAUUAGCACAAACUUUAUAACGCUUAUUUAUUUUUAAGAUUGUAUUUUUAUAGUAUUGUUCGAAAGUGUAUUACUUGUCUAUUUAUUAAAGUUUUUGUAGAUUAUUUACACCUUGUAGAACGUAGAUUGUCUGUCUAUCUACCUAUAUUUGAUGGAACUAUAUUUCUAUGUGUGUUAAAUGUAUUCUUAUAUAAUAUACACUUCACAUUCUCUAUUGUUGUGUGGUAGAAGUAGAUAUCUUUGUGAAUUCAAUGGUGUUUAAAAAUGUAUACACAUAAUAAA